AGACAGUAUGCUGAGAGGAGUUCAAGCAGUGGGACGGUGGGAUGGAUACUGGCGGGGAUGCUAUGGUUCUUGAUGAUAUAUAUCCAUAGCAAACAUGGUCUUUGCUCAUUCAGACCCUCUGUGCAGACUACUGUAUGUGAUUCACAAAUUGCUGCAUCAUUGAAACCUGAAGAUUGUCUUCUUAGAGAAAAUGUGUUGGGUUGUUGAGUCGUUGGUUAACAGUGGGAAACAAAUCAAUGCCGUACAUUUCAUUGAUGCCUUGCAGCUUACUGAAAGCUUUCCUCCUUUUCCCCACUUGAAGACAUACUUAAAGAAUUCAAGGAGAAACUCACAGGGAAAGGGCGUGAGUUCGGGUGGAGCUACUAGUGCACAGAUUGAUGUAAAUGCACAGGAACUUGCUGCUUUGAAAGCAGUAGUUAGUGGUGUCAAAGAGUACGGGCUUGAAGCUGACUAUCCUCUUGAUCCACUUCAGCAAAGGGUAUCUGAUAAGAAGUGCUAG